AUGAACGGCAAUAAUUAUAUAGAACAAAAUGAAUGUACAUAUAAUGUAAAUAUGAAUAAAGGAAAGAGGAAAAGAGAUGAUGAAGAAGUUAGCGUGGAUUUAAAUAAUGUGAACGAAUUAUAUAACUACAGUAAUACAUAUAAUAGUAAUAAUGCACAUUUAGAUAAUCAUAAUAAUAAUAAUAAUAAUAUAGAUUCGAAUAAUAGUUUAUGCAACUAUGAUAAUACAGAAGGUAGUAAAAAUAAUUAUACAAAUAAUAAUUAUGAAAAUAAUAGCAAAGACAAAGAUAUAGAAAUUUUGGAAAAUAAAAAUAAUAGAACUAGGGAAGUUUCAAAGGGGGAAACAAAUAAUAUUAAUAAUAAUGAUUAUAAUAAUAAUAUUGUUGAGAAAAAUAAAAAAUAUUAUGAUGUUUGCACCAUGUCACUUGAUGAUAGUGAGAAUGAAAUUGUUAUGAAUAAUGGUAGUGAAGGAGUGAAAUCAUGUAAUGGAAUAAAUGAAAAAUCUAAUUUCGAAAUAUUUAGUGAUGAAGAAUCUACUGAAUCUGUUUCAAAUAACUAUGGAAAAUAUAAACAUAUGAACCCUGAAGAAUUAAUAUCAUUAUAUGAAAAUGAACAUAAUAUAAAUAAUAUGAAGGAUGAAAAUAUUCAAUGUGAUGAAUAUUUAGAUAAAAAUUAUAGAGGACAAAUAAUUAUUGAUGGAAAAAAUGAAGUAAAUGAAUUUCUACUAGUUUCAAGAAUGGCACAUGUAGAUUUAUCUAAUCAAAAUGAAGAAAAUGUUUCAGAAAUAAAAAAUAUGAAUGAAUUAAUGGUUCCAUAUGAUUCUGGUAUUUCAGAUUCUGAUGAUUCAGAUGAUGAAAAAGAAACAUAUUGUCAAGAAAAUAUAUUAUCUGAUGAUAGACCUACAGAUUCAGAUUCCAUUACCAUGUUAAAUAUAAAAUCGGAUGAUUUAAAAAAUAAUUUGUUACUAGAGGAAAAAGUUAAAAAAAUCGAUCUCGAUAUAGACAAAGUAGAAAUGGAACAACAAGAUUAUAAUAAAGAUCAUGCAAAUUUUAUUGAUGCAUAUAAAAAUAAGCAAUCUCAUAUGGAUGAAGAUAAAAUUAGUGAGUUCAUGAUAGAUGAAAUAAAUGAGGACAUAUAUUAUGAAGGGACGGAUGAUGAAGAAAAGGAUAUAAAACACAUACAUACCAAUAUGGAUAAUACAUUGGUUGUUUCUACUAAUGAUAUAAUAAAUAACAAUACAAAUGUAAAUAAUAAUAGUAUAGACAAUUCAGAAGGACAAGAAAAUGUUCUAUCAGAAAAAAAAGAAGAGCCCAUUCCAUGUGAUAUCAAAUUUUUAGAAAAUAAAAAUAUGUGCAAUAAAAAAAUAAAUCGAAUAAGAUUAAUAGGGGUACCAGAAAGAGUAAAUGAAAAUAUGGAUAUUAAAAAAAUAGGGAAAUUAAUUCAAUUCGAAAAUGAUAUUUUAACAAUUCAGUCUGAUCCUUGUGAACAUUAUUUAAGUGUUGCAUCUGUUUUAUGUUUAGAAAAUCGUAAAAUCAUUGGAUGUAUUAUUAAUGUAAAUUCGAAUGAGACUGAAGUAUUUUAUUAUUCCAAAUUAAUGUUUCCAUAUUUGAGAGAUGAAUUAAAUGAAAAUAUUGAUAUUUAUGUGGAUAUAAAACAUUCUAUUUGUAUGAAUGAAGGUACAACAGGUAUAUGCUCAGAAUUAUUUGAUGCUUUUAAAAAUUCAUCCAUUCCAUAUGUCUUUAUUAAUUAUAAUGAUUUGUAUAACAUUGCAGAUUCGCAAAUGAAUGACAAAAGCAACAUCAACAACAACAAUAAUAAUAAUAAUAAUAACAAUAUUAAUAAUAUUAAUAAUAAUAAAACUUUGAAUAAAAUAAUUCAUAUAUCAUCACCAACUUCUGUAGGAACUUAUAAAACUUUCAAGGAUUUUUAUAGCCAUAAAAUAUUAAGAAAGAAUAGCUUAAAUAAUAGUUAUAAAAAUAUUUCAAAGACAUUUAUUAAAACACAUAAUCCAUAUAAACAUAAAAUUCAAAGAUCUUCUGUAGAUAAUAAUAAUACAACAUAUAAAAGUAUGAAUCAUAAAUAUAAAAACUUAACAUAUGUUAAUACAAGAAAUAAUAAACCAAGUAAUGUAGAUCAACAUGUAAGUACAAAUAAUAUCUUAACUCCUAAUACAUUAUCGUAUGGAAAUAAUUCCAAUGUAGGAAUGAAUACAAGAACUGUAAAUUCAAAAAGUUCAUUUGAAAUUGGUUCAAGUAGUCAGGUGAAUAGUGAUCAAAGUUUAAUAAACAAAAAUAUUUAUAAUGUGCCUGUACAUAUGAAUAAUUUUUAUGUACCAUAUAAUUGUAAUGAACCUAAUAUGAACACAAAUUAUAAUAAAAAAUUUCAUAAUAAUAAAUAUAUAAAUAAUUUUACGAAUAAUCCUCAAAAUUUUAAUAUUAUAGAAAAUAAUAUGAUAAAUCCACCAACCUAUGGAUAUAAUACAUACAGGAGAUAUAAUUCGUUUAGUAGAACAUAUCAUCAAAAUAAUAUAAAUUAUGAUAUUAAUAGAAAAAACUUUCAAAAUGUAACAACUAUUAAUAAUCCUAAUCCUCCACCACCAAAUGUAGGAAAUAUAAAUAAUAUGAACAGUAUUAAUAAUAUGAACAGUAUUAAUAAUAUGAACAGUAUUAAUAAUAUGAACAAUAUUAAUAAUAUGAAUAAUAUGAAUAAUAUUAAUAAUAAUUAUACCUUUCUUAAUUCACAACCUCGUAAUAGUGUAAGUAUAGACAGCUCCAGAAGAAUGAGUUUUUAUAGAAAUAGUUAUAUGACAAAUAUUCCAUCAAAUAAUUAUAAUAACAAUUUUUAUAAUCAAAUAAAUAUGAGUACAACAAAUAAUAUAAAUAAUAAUAAUAUGGAUAUAUUUAAAACCCAAAAAUAA